AUGUCCCCCGCCACCGUCGACGACGCCCCCGCCCUCGCCGCCAUCCUCAUCGCCGACUUCCUCGACCCGGACCCCUGGACGCGCCUCUGCUACGGCGGCAUCGACCCGGCCGCCCGCCUCGCGCACCUCACCGCCGGCCUGCGCGAGGACCUCGCCAGCCCCGAGUUCCCGCUCGCCGUGCAGACGAUGCGCGACGCCGACACGGGCGAGAUCGUCGCCUUUGCGCAGCUCAACGAUGAAAACGUCCCGCCCAUCGAGAACCGCGCCCCCGUCGAGCCCAUCACCAAGCCGUCGGGGUACAACGUGCCGCCUAUUCGUGACUACUUUGCCAAGAUGUCGGCGGCCAAGAAGCGCGCCAUGGGCGAUGCGCCGUAUCUGCACCUCGUCGACGUGGCUACCAAAAAGGCGUACCGGCGCCGGGGUAUAGGCUCGGCGCUGAUGCAAUGGGCCAUGGCGGAGGCGUCCCGACGGCAGCUGCCCAUCUACGCCGAGGCGUCGCCCGACGGACAGGCGUUUUACAAGCACCUCGGCUGGGGUGUCCUCGAGACGUGGUCCGUGGACAUGGGGCAGUACGGCGGAAAGGGCAUUUACACGGAAGAGGGCAUGACCUGGCCGCCCAAGUCGCGAACUUGA